AAAACGAAAAACCAGCCCACCUUGCGUACGGAAACAUGGCGGCCCCUGCGUCGACGACUGUUCGAUAGGCAUUUAUCCCUCAAAAAAUGGUGUGAAGACUCAGAAAUACAGGAGGACACUGAGCGCGUUUAUAUCGAGAGUGUGUGCCUUACUCGUGCGGGCGGUUUAAGAGGGGAACCGGUCCGAACAGCGCCCCGGAGAGCGGCAGGUUGGGUGGCCGAGCUGCAGUGCUUGAGCUCCGGGUGUAAUCUGGAGCCCGGGGGGAGAGACGGACCAAAAACCUUCGGACGCGGAAGUUGAGGGAAGGAAUUUGGCAUCGAGUAAAAAAGCUGCCGGUGUGUCUGAAUUGUUUUGAGCAUGGGUUCGGUCUGCAGUCGUGCGUUAUGGUUAUAACUGCUGCUCAGGAGUUGCUGCAAAACUUGCCAGCUGAGGUAACCUGUUGUUGUUGAGCAGCGCUUGAAGUUGAGGCGGAGUGUAACACAGACUCAGGCUCGCUCAGUUCUCUGACACGUUCCCAAAUAAUUUUAUACUGUAACGUUCAGUCGUAGGCGAGUAAUAUAUAAUAUGCAGAAUUCUCAUCCUGUGAGUCUGUUGAGUGAUAGCUCGCACAAAUCAGAACAAAAAAACAAAAAAAAUAUGAGGAUAUGCGUCCAUAUUCAUUUGGAGAUAAGAGACCAGUUCUUCCCUUGAGACAAAUCUCCAGUUCCUCCCUUUAGGUUAAUAACCAGUGUCUCCAGGUAACCAGUUCUUCUAUUGAGAUAAAUAUCUAGUGCCUCCUAACUUCUCACAGCCAACUACUGACUGCUGUUAGGCUUGAGAUGUUCUGACUAUUCAGUUUGUGAAAUAUUAUUCAGGGUUGCUGUGAAAUAUCAGAUUGCCAGAAUAUUCUAAGUGCCUUAGAUAAUCCAGAGACAUACAUGCAUUUGUCAAUCAAAACUUUGCAUAUUAAUAGGACCUACAUCUCUGCACAUGUUGAAUUGUUAACAAUAAGAAGACAAAGAGUGUUGGCCAAAGAACAAUGAUGGUCUUCCCAAUUUUGCCAGAGUCCUUAUAGCUGCCUCAUACAUUACUGUGCACAUAGAUGUUGUAAUUGUAUCGCAAAGGUGUUCAGAUUGAUUAUCAAUAUUUGAUCUAACAAUACCUCAGGGGCGGUGCUGAGUUUGCCUGUUUUUAGUGGUCCAUCUGCAGACAUUCACUGCUAAUACUGCAACCAGUUACUGUCCUGCUCAUCAACACUACUAUGCAGAGAAUGUAGUUUGUCCUUAGCUUUGUAACUUUUAAUGUGUUGUGGUGUGAUUAGAUUUUUUUUCUUCACUUUAGGUGCACUACAGUGUUAUGUAGAUGUUGAGGAUGUGUUGCGCUUGUGCAUGGUAAUGUUGAAAAAGCCAUGCUUUCAGGUUAGAGUCUGAGGUUAGUUGGUUUAUAACAGUCAAAUAAGUCCAUCACUCAAUGCAUGACACAGACAAAGAGAUAUCAAAGAUCUGGGUACAGGGUCUGCCUUACCACACUGGUGGACACCAAAAAAUAUUUCACUGGUGUCAGAAGUGGAAUUCGGGAUCUGGAGGUCCUGACUCCCACCCUGCCACUCAAUCACCAGCCACACUGACGAAGAGCACGCUUGUUGAGGUGGUCUGCACCAAGCUGGUUUCCUUCAAGUUGGUUUCAGUCUGCCGUCUGCCUCCCUCCAAGGCCGUGACUGACAUCAGCGGUGCCUCCCGGCUACGGCCUGGCAACCUGCCCUUAUGGGGCAGCAGCCAGGGAAGUUUGUUGGGGACCAGAGGAGACCAAGUCUGCCUGCUCUGAACUUCAUCAAGGGUGGCGGGAAGCGAGACUCGUCACGGCAUGGCGCUCAGCACUUCAAUGUGUUUGCAGUUCACGAAGCUCUUCAGCGGCCAGAUUUUGAGUCCCCUGGUCUGUCUGAGGCGGCACGCUGGAACUCCAAAGAGAACCUGUUGGCGGGGCCCAGUGAAAAUGACCCAAACCUGUUUGUUGCACUAUACGACUUUGUGGCAAGUGGUGACAACACACUUAGCAUAACUAAAGGAGAGAAGCUCCGAGUGUUGGGCUACAAUCACAAUGGGGAGUGGUGUGAGGCGCAGACCAAGAAUGGCCAGGGCUGGGUGCCCAGCAACUACAUUACUCCAGUUAACAGCCUGGAGAAACACAGCUGGUACCACGGGCCGGUAUCGCGCAAUGCUGCCGAAUACCUGCUCAGCAGUGGCAUCAAUGGUAGCUUCCUGGUGCGGGACAGUGAAAGCAGCCCAGGCCAGAGGUCCAUCUCACUGCGCUAUGAAGGUCGGGUCUACCACUACCGCAUCAACACUGCCUCUGAUGGCAAGCUAUACGUGUCUUCGGAGAGCCGCUUCAACACGCUGGCUGAGUUGGUCCAUCACCAUUCCACUGUGGCGGAUGGCCUCAUCACGACGCUACACUAUCCAGCACCUAAACGCAACAAGCCCACAAUCUACGGGGUUUCACCCAACUACGACAAGUGGGAGAUGGAGCGCACAGACAUUACUAUGAAACACAAGCUGGGUGGAGGCCAGUAUGGCGAAGUGUACGAGGGAGUCUGGAAGAAGUACAAUCUCACUGUUGCUGUGAAAACACUAAAAGAAGACACAAUGGAGGUAGAAGAGUUCCUGAAGGAGGCUGCUGUCAUGAAAGAAAUCAAGCAUCCCAAUCUGGUUCAGCUAUUAGGUGUGUGUACACGGGAGCCUCCUUUCUACAUCAUCACAGAGUUUAUGACCCAUGGUAACCUGCUGGACUACCUGCGUGAGUGUAACCGUGAGGAGGUGAACGCUGUGGUGCUGCUCUACAUGGCCACUCAGAUCUCCUCUGCUAUGGAGUACUUGGAGAAGAAGAACUUCAUCCACAGGGACUUGGCUGCCCGCAACUGCUUGGUUGGGGAGAACCAUUUGGUGAAGGUGGCAGAUUUUGGCUUGAGUCGUCUGAUGACGGGGGACACAUACACAGCCCAUGCUGGAGCCAAGUUUCCUAUUAAAUGGACUGCGCCAGAGAGCCUGGCGUACAAUAAAUUCUCUAUCAAGUCAGAUGUAUGGGCUUUUGGAGUUCUGCUGUGGGAGAUUGCCACCUAUGGGAUGUCCCCAUACCCUGGGAUUGAUUUGUCGCAGGUAUAUGAGCUAUUAGAAAAAGACUACCGAAUGGACAGACCUGAGGGAUGCCCGGAAAAGGUCUACGAACUUAUGAGAGCCUGUUGGAAAUGGAACCCAGCAGAGAGGCCAUCCUUUGCUGAGACCCAUCAAGCUUUUGAAACAAUGUUUCAGGAAUCCAGCAUCUCAGAUGAGGUGGAGAAAGAAUUGGGGAAAAAAGGUAAGAAGCUGACGCUUGGCACUAUACAGCAGGCCCCGGAGCUGCCUACCAAAACCAGAACACUACGUAGAAACAUGGACAAAGAUGGGGACAGCCCUGAUGCUGCUGACGCAGAAGUAGCCAUAUCACCAAUGCUUCCACGAAAGGAGAGGCCUUUGGUAGAUAGCAACCUAAAUGAGGAUGAUAGACUGCUGCCCAAGGACAAGUCUAAGAGCAGCCUUAACCCCUUCAACUUGAUCAAAAAGAAGAAGAAAACUGCCCCUGCUCCUCCAAAACGUAGCAGCUCCUUUAAAGAAGACCGGCACCUUGACCCCAGGGGCUUGGGCGCUGACGCUAGGGAGGAUUUCAACAAUGGCUCCCCGAUUACUGAUGCCAAUCUAGGCAUGGAUCAUUUAAAAUUCCUUUGUUCCAAUAAUAAUGGAGCUGGAGGUGUCACCAAUGGAGCCCCCACAUAUCCUGGUCAGAUCUUCUCUUCGCAACCACGGAAAAAGGUCACACCAGCAACUCCUGGCGCUGGUGGGAAGAUGGCCACAACACCCCCCAGCGAGGAAGAUUUCAUGACAUCCAACUCCAAGCGCUUCCUGAGGUCCUCUUCUGCUUCCAGCAUGCCUCCAGGGCCUGACCGUACAGAAUGGAAGUCAGUCACGCUCCCCCGUGACCUGCAGCCUCGCCACUUUGAUUCAGGUACCUUGGGGGGCAAGCCCGCCCUGCCUCGAAAGAGGGCAAAUGAGGUCAAACCAGAGAACGCCCCACGUGGCGGAACGCUCACUCCACCCCCACGCCUGCCCAAGAAGACUGAAGAUGCUUCGGAUGAUGUUUUCAAGGAUGCUGAAUCUAGUCCGGGAUCAAGCCCCCAAACCUUAACCCCCAAGCUGGGUCAUCGGGCACAAGCGCAGAGUGACAACUCAAAAACGAGUGCCCUGCAAGCUGACCUGCUCAAGUCCAGCGCAUUCCCUGCAGUUGGGGCAGCUGGAGAGGAAUGCAGAGCACGCAGACACAAACAACCUCUAGACCUUUCUGCUCAGAGGGAGAGGGAUAGGGGGAAAUUUUCAAAACCCAAGCCAGCUCCUCCGCCGCCACCUUCGAGCGUCAAAUCUGGAAGGAUUUCGAGGAGCCCCACUCAAGACCUGUCCUCUGACUCUAAAGUCAAAGGCACUCCUGACGUAAGCCCCUCAAGCUCUGGCUCGGUUGAACAAGGAAAGCCCCUCGCAUCUCAGGAAGGCACCAAAAAACUUGCCACCUCGAAAGGACAGUCGUCAAGGACCUCUUCGACUUCCCCUACUAGUCCACCACUGGGAGUAGGGUCAAGCUCUCCUGUUGGUGAUCAAGCGUCGGCCACGGCUUUCAUCCCUCUCAUGAAUACCCGCCGCUCCUUGCGAAAAACCCGUCAGCCGACCGAACGCAUCUCCAACUCGGCCAUCACCCGGGAGAUGGUCCUGGAGAGCACGGAGCUCCUGCGUGCUGCUAUUAGUAGGAACUCUGAGCAAAUGGGCAGUCACAGUGCAGUCUUGGAGGCUGGAAAGAACCUGUCCAAGUACUGCGUGAGCUACGUGGAGUCCAUACAGCAGAUGAGAAACAAGUUUGCCUUUCGCGAGGCCAUCAACAAGUUGGAGAGCAGCCUGAGGGAGCUGCAGAUCUGCCCUACAGCCACUGGGGGUGCCAACACACCACAGGACUUCACCAAGCUGCUCUCCUCGGUCAAGGAGAUCAGUGACAUUGUCCAGAGGUAGCGGAAGUGCCUGAAUCCUACGCUAUUUCUUUUGUUUUUUUUCCCUCUUUGUGGUAACCAACAGAUUAAUGAUCUCAUCAAAACAGAUCUAAAGCGGGGAAGCUUUUUCUGAAUGGCUGUGACAUGCUAUAUACUUUAUUUACACUAAACAGACUGAAAUCACCUCUUGCUUUCACAAAAUACUGGAGGACUCACAAAAAGUGUCUUGUUACUGUGCACAGAUUUCAAAGGAACCCGAAUGCCUGUAGGGUUUUGUCCUCAAAGAAUCUUGAAAUAUGAAUGCGAUUCAGUUUGGCCUUCUUGAAAAGGUCCAAGCCCGUGUCUUAGUUACUUGAGAACAGUUGGAUCCUUAAUUCCACUUCUUAUCUCUUAAUGUUUCUUAAUGUGCCUUCUUUCACAUUGCCAGUGACAGUAUCAAAAAGUCAAACCUCAUAUGCCGUAUCACCUGGCUCCCACUUUACUGGGAUCAAGAUAAAUCCAAUUUUCUAGGGAUCAUGAUAGAUCCAUUUUAAUUACACAAUAAACAUGGUUUUGAUAAAGACCGUACGUAUGGCUGAGACAUGCAGCUUUCUUCUAGACUUUUGCUCCCUAUCUAGGCUUUUCAUUUCUUUCUUGUGGUUGCAAAUGUUGUAAAGGGCUUUGGUGAGUGAUGUGAAUGGUCCCAUGAUGUGAGGAAUGGUUGUUCAUAUUGAGCCCAGUUUUAAGUAUUAUGGAUAUAACACUGUGCCAUGAAGAUUCCAGAUUAGUGUGGUUCUUUUCACUGUGCCACUAGACUAUGGAACAAGCGUGCCUUAAUUGCUAUUGCUUGAAUCACAUGCAGUCGCUCUUACAGACUGUCUCACCAAGAAUCAGCAACACAGCUUAGGGAAAAAAAAAUAUAUAUAUGUAUGACUGAACUUUAUAAAUUAUGCAUUCGUCUACGGUAAUGGACAUGGAUGAUUCUGAACACUACUGUCUCCAGCAGCUGGAGAAAGACUAGUAACUAAGACCAGCAAGGCAAGAACCUAUGGAACUGAAUGUUUUAUUUCAUAUAAUGUUUUGAAAGGAACGCCAGCCACCACUCAUGAUGUCAUUUCAUAAUGCUCUGGACACCACUCUCAGAACUGCCAAAAGGCUUUAAGGAUUAUAAUCACUUUAACAUCAAGGAUGUCCCUUGAGGUCUUCUGCAGCAAGUCUCAUGGUUCAGCAGCACCAUCACUUGUCUUAUAAACGUCAUUGUUAAUAGUAAGGAUUGAUGUAUUGAGCUCUAAGAAAAUGAUCUGCUUAACAAACCAAUGAACCUUCACUGCUAAGUCAGAAACUCAUACUAAAACAUUUGUUUUUGUUUUUACUUGUAUUGUUGAAAUAAUACAAUUGUUUUACAGUAUUAGUGUUAGCAUUUCCAACACUUAGCCCUCUGACUGCGAUGCUUGAGGAUGAAGCCAACCACAAGCUGCCUUUGUUUCAACAUGGUACUGCCAAUGUUGAUGUCUGUUUUUUUUUGUUUUUUUUGUUUUGUUUUGUUGUUUUGGUCAUAAAAAUCAUGCCACUACUCUUUUCUCUUUUGUACGCGAGCACCACAGUUUUGUACACUAAUAUGCUCGCCCUUUGUAAAUACACAUUUCUUACUCUUUUUCUUUUUCCCUCCCUGUAACCAUGGUGCAAUUUGUUGCAUAAAAUACAAAGCAAUUUUGCUACUUGAAA